GACGGUCUAGCCACAGCCACGCCGGCAAACUUAGCCGCUCACCGGUUUCGUCUCAGUAAGAAUCCGAUUCAGAUUUGUCAAAUCUCUCAUUUCUCACCCUACCCGUCGAACUCGAUUCCCGCGGUUUCGAAACUCCGCCACCGGACGCCUAUUGCGCCAACGACCGAUUUACAAUACCCGCGAUGGGCGGCAAAAAAGGUGGAGAGAACAGCAAGAAGGCUGCUGGUCAAGCUCGCAAACAAGAAGCGGCAGCUGCCAAGGCUACAGAAGCUGAAGCAAAGAAGGAUGUCGUCGAGGACAGCCAAUGGUCAAAGGGGGCGAAGAGCAACGCUAAGAAGGAAGCAGAGGCUGCCAAAAAGGCCGAAGCAGCACGGAAGAAGGCGGAGCGCGAGGCCCUGUUGAAAGAGGAGGAAGCUAGCAACCCCGGGCGAUCGGCACCCAAGAAUUCCAAGACGGCCACUAAGAAGACGCGCGGGCUAGACCUGUCACAGCUCGACGAUGACGGUGGCCGCGGAGACAGGCCGCUAUCUGCACUCAACGCCUCGGGCAUAGACAACGCCCUCGACGCCCUGUCGCUGACGGGACCGAGCGAUACGAAGAUCGACAAGCACCCCGAGCGCCGCUUCAAGGCCGCUUUCGCCGCUUUCGAGCAGCGCCGGCUGAAGGAGAUGGAGGACGACGGUAGCGGACAGGGAUUGCGGCUCGUCCAACGCAAGGAGAGGAUUCGGAAAGAAUUUGAGAAGAGCCCGGACAACCCUUUCAAUCAGCUUAGCGCGCGGUUCGACGCGAGCAAGGAGGAGAUGGAGGAACUCAAGCAGAAGGAGAAGGAGAAGAUUGAGGGCCGACUAGGAGCCAAGGGCUGAGCGAGCGUCUUGCAACGAGUACAUCCUUACGUCCGCCCUCCUUCUCCGUCCCCUGCCCCCGGGCCUUCUCUCUCUUCUCUUUUCUUUUUUUUAUUGCCCCUAUAUCCUUCACCCCCACUCAGCAAUAGCUAGGAGUACCCUAGGAUGCUCG